AUGGUCGGGUUAGGUCGAAGAUUUCAACCAGUCGAGAUUACAGGCGUUGAAGACCCCGAAUUUUAUCGAGAAGGAGGCUUCUAUCCUGCUUCUAUCGGGACUGUUAUGGACAGCACAGACUGGCGCCUUGAGCAUAAGCUUGGUGCUGGUGGCUUUGGUACUGUCUGGCUCGCUCAAGACAUGAAAAGUGCUGAGAAGUCGUCAGAUUCCCCAUCAACGGAGCUCUUUGCUAUCAAAGUACUUACUGGAAAUGCCUCCAAGGCUGAAUCGAAUGAGGCAAAGAUCUUGCGUCUUUUAAAGCAUAGUAGUGGUGCUGGUGAUCCUGACCAAAACAAACGAGUGGUCGACCUCAUUGAUGAAUUUAAUGUUACAAGCCCCAAUGGCACGCAUCGAUGCCUAGUUCUUGGCCUGUCAGGACCAAGUGCUCUUUCAUUGUCUAAAAGCCUUCAGAAUGGAACACUAGAGCCAUCGCUUGCAAGGAAAGUAGCACAUCAAACUGUCCAAGCAGUAGCCUGGCUUCAUCAAUCUGGUGUGGUACAUGGGGAUUUACACCCUGGAAACAUCCUCCUGAACAUCGAGGAUUUCGGAAACUUCCCAAUGGAUAAAGUACGAGACAUAUUCGGCAAACCAAUAGAAGUUGCACUAGUACCAUUCAACGACCAUCGGCGAGAUGAUAAUGCACCUGAGAAAGUCAUCCUACCUAUGCAAUUACACUCUGUAGAUUUACAGCACAUAAGCGGCGACAUCACGAUCAUCGAUUUCGGCGAAGCUUUCACCGUCGAACACCCACCACAAUUCCUCGGCACUCCAGCAUCGUAUGCUGCUCCCGAAGUACUACUGCAAACCGGCCAGUACUCAGCUGCCGUCGACCUCUGGUCCUUGGCAUGCUGUAUCUUUGAGCUACGAACUGGUCAAAAGCUUUUCUGGGCAUUAGUGCAUCCAAUUCAAGACGUUUUGAGACGUCAGGUGGAGCUGUUUGGUCUGCUUCCUAGACCGCUGUGGGAGAAAUGGGAGGACAGAUUGUCGUGGUUUGAGGAGGAUGGAACUGAGAAGAAGGAUACUCCUUUUCCUGCGGAGGAAAAUUCAUUGAAGGAAGUGAUACAGAAUGCCGCUGAGCAGAUGCCAUAUCUGCAACUCGAUGAUGCGGAGCAAGAGGAACUUCUGGAUUUGUUGUCAAGUUUGUUGAAGUAUGAGCCUGAUGAAAGAGCAGAUGCCGCUACAGUCGCUAAUCAUCCUUGGUUUCAAAGUCGGUGA